AUGAAGAAAUCCUACCUCUGGAAUCUCAUUGCUCUUACAGGCCUAACCAAUGCCAUCGAGCCCCAACAACCCCUGCAUCAACAAAAGAUAACACAAAACGAACCAACAAACCUCACCCAAAUAAUCACCUCAUCUCCCAUCCUGACAUUCCACAAAAACAUCGUAGAAAUACCCUCCAUUAGCGGAAACGAGAAUUCGGUCGGCGAAUACAUCAUAAACUUUCUCCAAUCGCAAAACUUCACAGUCGAAAAACAACUUGUCACACCAGCAACCGAAACAGAAAAAGAAAGAUUCAAUGUCUACGCCUACGUAAGCGAAAACAGAUUCCCAGAUGUCCUAUUAACAAGCCACAUCGAUACCGUCCCACCAUUCAUCGAUUACUCUCUCCACGCGCCUUCGACAGAUUUCAGCCGCGAGGACCUGGUCAUCGCCGGAAGAGGCACAGUAGACGCAAAAGCAAGCGUCGCAGCAAUAGUAUUCGCAGCACUAGAAACACUCCACAAAAACCCCUCCGCAUCGCUAGGCCUGUUAUUCGAUGUCGGCGAAGAGAAAUCCGGCAUAGGCAUGAAAUUCUUCUCAGAUUCAGAACUGAACCCUGAUCCAGCGAGCUACAAAGCUGUUAUCUUCGGUGAACCUACCGAGCUCAACCUUGUUGCUGGUCACAAAGGGACUAUGGGCUUUAAGAUAAUCGCUAAAGGCAAAGCUGCGCACUCGGGAUAUCCGGAAUUAGGCAAGAGUGCUAUCUCAGCUAUCCUGCCUGUGCUACAGCAUUUGGAUAAUCUACAAAAUAUCCACCCUGACGAAGGCGGACUUCUGCGGAGUGAGAAGUUCAAUACCUCGACGUUGAAUAUUGGUGUGAUUAGUGGUGGACAAGCGGCUAAUGUUGUGCCUGCGUAUGCGGAGGCGGUUGUUUCCGUUCGACUUGCGGCUGGAACACCGGGUGAUACGAGGGAGAUUAUUGCGAAGGCGGUUGAGUCUGUUACGGGGGGUGAUGGGAGUGUUGUUGUUGAUUUUGGGGAUCGCGGUGGGGCUCCGCCUCAGUAUCUCGAUGCUGAUGUUGAAGGGUUUGAGGUUAUUACUGUGAAUUAUGGAACUGAUGUUCCGUCUUUGGUUAUUCAGGGAGAGAAGAAGGUGAAGAGGUAUUUGUAUGGGCCGGGGACGAUCCAUGUUGCCCAUGGUGAUGAUGAGGCUAUCACUGUUGGGGAGUUGGAAAAGGCUGUUGUGGGGUAUAAACGGUUGAUUGACGCGGCUCUGUAG